AAAUAGCGGUAAAUUCAGUUUGCGUUUUCACGAGCUUGAAAGAGGACAUCGCCACAGAGACAUUCAGCAAAACCAAGAUCAUAAGGCUUGAGCGGUUAUUCACUGGAGAACUUGUUGAUUUGAAGAACCACGGAUGUCACCAGGAGUUUUAAUACUUCUACUGCAGCUGGUAGUUUGUGCAGAUGGUAACUCAGAAAGAGGGCCAGAGAAGUUGGUGUUUGCAGCCAUUGGAGACUUUGGCUCUGGAACUAUCCUCCAAGAAUACAUCUCAGAUGCUAUGGCAACAUGGGCCAGAAGAGCUAAUGCUGAUUUCUUCAUCACAACUGGUGAUAACAUAUACCCAAGUGGUGUUAGAAGUGAGAGAAGCCAUUCUUUCAAUGUCCUCUGGAACAAUAUGUACAGUCAACCGUCACUGCAGAAGCCAUGGUAUAUCACCCUUGGUAACCAUGAUGUGCGACAUGGGAGGGGAAUUUAUCAAGUGAGGUAUUCAGCAUUGAACUCUCGAUGGAAUCUCCCGGCAACUUACUAUGAAUUCACUAAACAUGUUGGUCGCAAAACAGUACAAUUUGUCAUGCUGGACACAAGCAAUAUUGUAGGACGCAAACGAGGUCAUAUGACACAACUCCGCUGGUUACGGAAAACAUUGGCGACAUCUCGUGCUGAUUGGAUUAUUGUGUGCGGGCACCAUCCAAUCUAUUCCACAGGGGAGCAUGGUAUAUCAGCCGCCUUAUAUCGCUACGUACGUCCUUAUUUGGAACAUCAUAGAGUCGCUUUGUACAUUGCUGGUCAUGACCAUAACAUGGAGCAUAUAAUGGUAAAACGUAACUCAGAGACUGAACGUGUUGUUGAUUAUGUCAUCAGUGGAGGAGGGGGCGCACUCCCCAGGAAAGCUCGCAACUUCAAUGGUCUCUCAAAGAUGAGAGAAAGAAACCUCCAUUCCAGUAUAAUGAUCUCAAAGUUGGGCUUUGCAACAUUUGAACUGACAGAAACUCGAUUAAAAGUGUCAUUUUUAGAUCGUCUAAGCAGAGAUUACUACAUAUUUACCAAAGGUAAUCCAAGGUCAUGAUAAAUUAAUGUGCAAUCUCACAAUUUGAAAGAUUAGAAAUCAAUAAUACAUGACCAUCUUACUAAAUUUGACAAGUACUGUAGUUUUAUUGUAAUUUCCAUUAUUGUACUGUGUAUAAAAUAAUUUGUAUAUACUGUAGUGAUUGUAAAAUGCUUAGAGCUUAACUACUGCUUAUUGAGACUAAAAAUAUGAGAAAAUAUGGAAAUCACAAUACAUGAAAUUACAAUACCAAGUUUUCAAUGUAUUCAAAAUUGUAACUGCAGAUGGUUUACAUUAAGCCAAAUCAGAAGAUUGAAAUGAAAUGUACUCAAACUACAUAAUACAUGUAUGAUGCUUUUAGCACCUUAACUGUUAUAAUGUUAGCAUUUCUGAAACAAACUUUUGUUCGGAAACUGAUUGAACACUCUAUAAUGUUGAAAAUGAGCUUAAAUAUGAAAUAUUUUCAUAUAUGAGCUUGAAAUCAUAGAGCAGCAGUUAUUGCCAGACAGACAGAGCAACUUUUUUCAUUCAUAUUGUUCCUAUAACAAAUGUUAUGG